UGGAUGGAUGGAUGUCUUCAAAGUGAACUGAAAGAACAAACGGGAAAAACUCGCGCUAAGUAGUUCGUCUGAGUGGAGCUGCCGUAGUGUGACGUCAUCUGCAGGCGCGCAGCCCACUGGAGGACCCCGAAAUAAAAUAAAAUAACCGACACCGACACAUUUAAGUCACAUACUAUUUUUCCGGUCUGGGAGCAGUAGGGCGUGUUCUACCGGGAUACAGCAGCCAAUCAUAGUAUAGCGUAGCACGAGUUACUGCUAAAGCUAACUUCAGCUCAAUGGCCAGUCCGGUUCCAAGUUUGGGUCAGCUUGUUUCGGAUGCUAUUUGUUUGUUCAAAAAAAAUUUCGGCGAUGAGGCUCCUAAAAUUGCAGCAUGUGCACCUGGGAGAGUCAACCUGAUUGGGGAGCACACGGACUACAACCAGGGAUACGUACUUCCAAUGGCACUAUCCCUGGUCACUGUGGUGGUUGGAAGUGCCUCAUCUGGUCAGGAGGCUACCAUCGUCACUGCGAGCGAGGAAGCCGAUGAGCCAAGGAAGGUGGACUUGACCCUGCCAGUUGAGGGAUUCCCACUGUCUCCAGGCUUACCACACUGGGCAAACUAUGUGAAGGGCGUUAUGGACCACUACAGAGCAUGCCCUCUCCCUGGUUUUCGAGCUGUGGUGGUGUCCAGUGUCCCACUUGGAUCAGGUCUGUCCAGCUCGGCCUCUUUGGAAGUAGCGUUUUACACAUUUCUGCAGCAACUGAGGCCAGAUGAUGGAGACAACUUAUCCAAAGCAAUUGCAUGUCAGCAGGCGGAACACACUCAUGCUGGUGUGCCUUGUGGGAUUAUGGAUCAGCUUGUGUCAGUUCUUGGGAUGGAGGGGCAUGCUUUGCUUAUUGACUGCAGGUCUCUGGAAUCCAUUCCUGUCCCGUUAACAGAUGCAGGACUCGUCUUUCUCAUCACCAACUCCAAUGUGAAACAUUCUUUGGCAAGUAGUGAGUAUGCCUUGAGACGAGCACAGUGUGAGAAAGCUGCCUCCAUCUUAAGGAAACCCAGUCUAAGAGAUGCAACCAUGAAUGAUCUGGAAGCUCAAGAGUCAAGGGCUCAACUAGAUGAUGUGACCUAUCGUAGAGCUUGUCAUGUGAUUGGGGAGAUCUGCAGGACUCUCAAAGCAGCUGAAUCCUUGAAAAGAGGCGCCUACCAAGAGUUUGGCAAACUCAUGGUGGAAAGCCACAACUCCCUCAGAGAUUUAUAUGAGGUGAGCUGCAAGGACCUGGAUGAUCUGGUGUGUGCUGCCAUGGAGGUGGAGGGAGUGUUUGGCAGCAGGAUGACUGGUGGAGGAUUUGGAGGUUGCACAAUAACUUUGCUGAAGGACCACGCCAUUGACAGGACUAUACAGAACAUACAGGAGCGUUACAGUGGAACCCCAACUUUCUACGUUGCAACUCCUUCAGAGGGUGCUCGGGCUCUCAAGCUGUCCUGAAUUCUGCCAAUGCAUAGAAAAACCUUUUAAUUUACAUCUAAUGCUUCUAAUGACCCUCCGCCCCCCACCCCCAAUAUUGCCAUUAAGACUCAGUGGAGCUACACAGUACAAUUUAUGGGGGUCCCUUUUCAUGAUACUGUACUGUAAGCAAUACUGACGGUUAAAUACUGUCCAUGGAGACAAUGUUUUACCUUUUGUUUGUUGUGCAUUUUUGUGAUGCUAAAAUGUUUUUUUUAAUUGAAUAAAGAGAUUUUAACAUCCA